AUGUCUAAGAAACGGCCUGUGACGAAUAGCCUUGACGUGAAGAUAUACGAGUUAAUUUGUGAAUUGCUCGAUGAGACUACAGCUGAAAAUUUGAAGAGCUUACCUCAAUCUGAUGACAACAUCUCAUACAUUGCACUCGCCAAAGAUAUUACUAUUUCCCAGGCACUUGAUUAUGUUCAGUCUAAGGACUAUAAACUAAAGAGGAUAAAGAAGAAUUUGUUGGAAAAGUCAAUAAUAGCGUCUCUUCAAACACUACGAACUGAAGAGGAAGAGACUAUGGGGACAAUUGAUAGUUCAACAAAGACAGAUGAUAGUGAUGCCGAACUUUAUGGUGAAGGUAGAUUGAUGGAAGUAAAAGAUUCUAAUUCAUUGAACAAGUCUGUUGUAACUGCUUGGAAAUUGAAUAAUUCAAUUGCAAAAAGUGAGUUAGCCAACGAAGUGCUUGAUCCAAAUGCAGAAGAGCUGGUAGAAGAUGUUGCAAAACAAUCGAAAAAGAGAACAAAAGAUUCAUCCAAACAAGUUACUAAGAAACACAGGAGCAAAAUAGAUCAUACUCCUCCAAGUUUAACAUUGUCUUCCUUAGGUGGAUUGGACAGUACGACUACUCAACUAAUGGAAUUGAUUGGGUUGCCUAUCCUUCAUCCGGAGAUCUACACGUCUACUGGUGUAGAACCUCCUCGUGGUGUCUUGCUCUACGGUCCUCCUGGAUGCGGUAAGACCACUAUUGCCAAUGCACUUGCUGGUGAAUUGCAGGUCCCAUUUAUAAACAUUUCAGCUCCAUCUAUAGUGUCUGGGAUGUCUGGCGAAUCAGAAAAAAAAUUAAGGGAAAUAUUUGAUGAAGCUAAAACGUUGGCGCCUUGCAUCAUCUUUAUGGAUGAAAUUGAUGCAAUCACACCUAAAAGAGAUGGAGGUGCUCAGAGGGAAAUGGAAAGGCGAAUUGUUGCUCAAUUAUUGACUUUGAUGGAUGAAUUAUCGUUAGGCAAGACCGAAAAACCAGUGAUUGUAGUAGGAGCUACUAAUCGACCCGAUUCGCUUGAUGCUGCCUUGAGAAGAGCCGGCAGAUUUGAUAGAGAAAUAUGUCUCAAUGUCCCUAACGAGGACGAAAGACUCUCGAUAUUGAAAAAGAUGACCAGCAAUAUUAAGUUAGAAAAUGGAGACUUCAAUUUCCGAGAGUUAGCAAAAAUGACUCCAGGAUAUGUAGGAGCUGAUUUGAAGAGUUUGGUGACUGCUGCUGGAAUUUCCGCAAUAAAGAGAAUAUUCGAAAGUCUCAGUGAGCAGCAAGAGGAAUUACUAGUUGCAGAUUCCAAUGCAAACAGUUUUGAUUCAAUGGAUGUUGAUAGUGCAACUUUCAUUCCUGACAACCAGUCGCUCGUAAAAUUUGAAGGAAAGACGGAUACCGAAAAAUUAUCUACGAUUCAAAAGUUUUUAAUUAAGCAUCCCAACCCAUUGAGCGACGAACAAUUAAACCCAUUAGCAAUUUCUUAUUCUGAUUUCUUGGAAGCACUUCCAACGGUACAACCAACAGCCAAGAGGGAAGGAUUUGCUACUGUACCAGAUGUGACAUGGAAGAGUGUCGGAGCCUUACACAAGGUGAGAAUGGAGCUACACAUGUGUGUGGUUCAGCCUAUUAAAAAACCAGAACUUUACUUAAAAGUUGGUAUCACCGCCCCAGCCGGUGUCUUGAUGUGGGGACCGCCAGGUUGUGGGAAGACAUUAUUAGCAAAAGCUGUCGCUAAUGAAUCUCGAGCUAAUUUCAUAUCUAUCAAGGGUCCAGAAUUACUCAACAAGUACGUAGGUGAAUCCGAGAGAGCAAUUAGACAAGUCUUCCUGAGAGCAAGAGCUUCCAUUCCGUGUAUUAUAUUUUUUGAUGAAUUGGAUGCUUUAGUUCCAAGAAGGGAUGCAUCUUUAUCUGAAUCUAGUUCACGAGUAGUGAACACAUUACUUACCGAAUUGGACGGGUUGAAUGAUCGAAAGGGUGUGUUUGUAAUUGGAGCCACUAACAGACCAGACAUGAUAGAUCCUGCCAUGUUGCGUCCCGGCAGAUUGGACAAGACUUUGUAUAUCGAGCUCCCUUCUGCUGAAGAAAGACUUGAAAUAUUGAAAACUCUUAUUAAUGCUAACAAGACCCCCGUAAGUGUUGACGUGGACUUGAAUUCAAUAGCAAAUGAUAACAGGUGCAGAAACUUCUCCGGUGCAGAUUUGUCUUCUCUAGUAAGAGAAGCUGGAGUCUUAGCUCUUAAAAAGAAAUUCUUUCAAAAUCAAAAAAUCGACGAUUUGGAUGCAUCUGGCUACUACGAGAAUGAAAAUGUUGAUGACCAAGUGGAAGUGACUCAACAAGACUUUAAUAGAGCCCUUUCCAAUGUUCAUCCCAGUGUGAGCGACAAAGAUAGAAUGAAAUACGAAAAGUUAAACAAGAGAAUGGGGUGGAGUGUUAUCGAGGAUUCUGAAGUUAUAGAGCCAAUAGAGCCUACAGCGAACACUCCAAAUGCAAGUGUAUAA